AUGACCGGCUCCAGCUCCAGCUCCAACAACCACGAUGACCACGACCUGACCUUCAUGAAGGACUACGGCGCGCAGCCGACCGCGCCGUUCGAGGUCGAGAUCGCCCGUGACUCUCUCCGUCGCCGAAUUGAGGCUGGUGAGUUGCUCCCUCUUGCUCUUGACGUCCAGGUUCUCAAGUCCUCUGGCAACGCCGUCAAGUACGGCACGGUCGCCGGAGCACUCCUCGGUAUCCCCGCCUACAUUUCUCUGGGCAAGAAGCGCCCGGCGCCGCCGUCAUCGUUCAAGUUCAUGGCUGCUGUGACUACGUCGCUCUGCGGUACGAUGCUUGGAUUCGCUAUCGGCUCUCUCGCCGGCAUCUACAAGGUCAAGCACGACAUGCCCGACAGCGAGCGCAAGAUGCGUGUGUUCCAGGAGGUCGCCUACGACGCUCAGCGUGCCAUUGCCGAGCGCCGCGCCGGUAUCCCCGUCGGCGCCAUUGUCACCCACGUCGCGGGUGUUCCCGGCCAGGACUCGUUCUGGACCCCGCAGACCGGCAAGGUCACCUACGACCAGCUCCGCUCGAUGGAGCGCCGUGGCGAGAAGUGGAGCGAGGACAUUCAGAAGCAGUGGGACCAGGCGAGCCAGACCGUUAAGGACCAGUGGAAGGACGCCGCCGACCAGGCCAAGGACGGAUGGAACCAGGCCAAGAACCAGGCCCAGAGCGCCGCCGACGUCGCCAACUCCAAGUGGAACGAGAUCAAGAACGAGGCUCAGAAGGAGGCCAACCAGGCCCAAAAGGAGGGAAAGAACCUCUGGGACAAGUGGACCAAGUAA